CUACCCAUGUUGGAGGAGACAUCAGAUCGUGGCGUGGGCGGCACCAGCUGUCUUUUGCUGGUGCUCUCACCACCACUUUUACCAUCCUAGUGAUGGAUUGAAAUAUAUUACAGCUAUUUUGCGCGACGUAUUGUGGGAGGGCACAUAAUGCACAUUAUAUAGUUCGUAACGCGUAUGGAUUAGAUGUCUUGUUUAGAGAGAGCGAGCCUCUGUAGUAGGCUAGCCUUCGCGGGGAAGCAGUGGGACGUUUGUGGGGAAACCCGAGGUUUCCUUGCCACACCAUAGCAUUGAGCCCACGGGCGCAGUGAAGGCAUCGUCUAGAUAGAGGUUUUUCAGAGCGUGGAGGAAAUAUGUUGUGAUCACUGGUUUAAAUAGUCUGUUCAAAUGGAGAGACCUGGUGAAAAUGAUCCGAUGCAAACCAUAAACAAUCAUGAUAAAGUAUCUGGUACAACUUUCCUAGUACACGACCUCUCUGGUAGUCUUCUCCCUGAGUUGGAAGAGCAAGGCACCAUGAGGAGGAAUGACUAUUAUAUCCCUGUAUCCUGCGAGGAGAAGGCCGCUGACUUUGGGAACACUAAGGAUGGUGGCGUUAGCAAAUAUAGCAAGUAUGACUCCAUCCCAUUGAACUCCCUCAAGUCAGAUGAGGCAGCCUCAGGCCCAAAGCAGGGGCCUACAUUCCAGGAUGGCCAGCGGCGGGUGGACUAUGUUCUCACAUAUCAUGUCCAGAAACCCCAGAGUGUUCGCCGCAAGACAUCCCGGUUUGCAGAUUACCGCAUCCUCAGGAGCCUGCGCCGCAGUCUGAGCACGAUGAGAAGUGGGGGCACGCCACCAUCCAAAGAAGACCCUGAGAUUGCUGCCCACAAGCAUCGCCUUGACUACCAUGAGGAUGACAAGCGCUUCCGCCAGACUGAGUUUGAGGAUAACCUUCGAGAGGUGGGACUGGAGCUAGAGAAGGAUGAGGGGAACAAAAUCCCAGGAAUUGGCUUCCUGAAGAUCCAUGCUCCCUGGAAUGUGCUCUGUCGGGAGGCAGAAUUCAUGAAGCUCAAGAUGCCCACCAAAAAGGUGUACGAGGUCAAACAGGGAAGUAAUGUGGUGGAGAGGAUCAAUCUGUUCAUCCACAAAGUGACUGCGCCACUUCAUCCUAAAGUGGAGCCAAAUAGACCCCAAAAUGUGAAGCAUCUUUCCCACCCAUUCUCCCGGGAAAAGCAGCACCUGUUUGAUCUCUCAGACAGAGCAUCUUUCUUCGACAGCAAAACCAGGGCCUCAAUAGUAUAUGAAGUGUUGAAACGUACAAGAUGCACGAAAGCCAAAUACACCAUGGGAAUCACCAGUCUCCUUGGCAACGGUGUUUACACUGCUGCGUACCCUCUUCACGAUGGGGAUGUUGACGGCAUGGGGGCGGAGGCCAAUGACAGAAAGAUCUUGUAUGAAGAAUGGGCAAGCUACAGUGUCUUCUACAAGUACCAACCAAUUGGGUUAAUCAGGAAGUACUUUGGGGAGAAGAUUGGCCUGUACUUUGCCUGGCUGGGGGUUUACACCCAGAUGCUGAUCCCUGCUGCCAUAGUGGGGGUCAUAGUGUUCCUGUACGGUUGUGCCACUGUGGACAAUGACAUUCCCAGCAUGGAGAUUUGUGAUCCGAGAAACAACAUCACCAUGUGCCCACUGUGUGACCGCGCUUGCAGCUACUGGAAGCUGAAGACUGCAUGCGGCACGGCCAGGGCCAGCCAUCUUUUUGACAACCCGGCAACCGUCUUCUUCUCCAUCUUCAUGGCCCUCUGGGCUACCAUGUUCAUGGAGCACUGGAAGAGAAGGCAAAUGAGACUCAAUUACAUCUGGGAUUUGACUGGCUUUGAAGAGGAAGAGGCACACAAGGACCACCAUAGGGCUGAGUAUGAGAUCCAAGUCAUGCAGAAGACCCUGAAGAAACAGGAUAUGUCUCCCAAGGAUAAAAAAGUGAAACUGACAUGUACAGACCGUGCACCAGCAUAUAUGAUGGGACUUUUCAUAAUGCUUUUUAUGAUUGGUGUGACCUUUGCUGUAGUGUUCGGGGUCAUCCUGUACAGAAUCUCCAUCAGGGCUGCCUUACACAUGAGCUCCAAUCCCACGGCUCGCUCCAACAUCCGGGCAACUGUCAAGGGCACCGCUGCUGUCAUCAACCUGGUGAUUAUCAUCAUCAUGGAUGAGGUCUACGGUGCCGUAGCUCGCUGGCUCACUCUUCUUGAGGUGCCCAAGACUGACAAGAGUUUUGAAGAGAGGCUGAUAAUCAAGACCUUUGUUCUGAAGUUUGCCAAUGCAUUCUCCCCCAUCGUCUACCUCGCCUUCUUCAGGGGCAGAAUGGUUGGGCGUCCUGGGGACUAUGUGUAUGUUAUCGGGUCAUACAGGAUGGAGGAGUGUGCCCACGCAGGUUGCCUGAUGGAGCUGUGUAUUCAGCUCUGCAUCACCAUGCUUGGCAAACAGCUCAUCCAGAACAACCUGUUUGAAAUCGGCAUCCCUAAAAUAAAGAAGCUGAUCAGGCGUCGGAAGUCUGACAUGGACUCUCAGCAGCAGGAGGACUAUAACAUGACCCUCGAGCGUCAUGAGAAGGACCACUUCCUGGGUCCCUUUGUGGGCCUCAGCCCAGAGUACAUGGAGAUGAUCAUCCAGUUUGGAAUGGUGACCCUGUUUGUGGCCUCCUUUCCCUUGGCACCACUCUUUGCUCUGCUCAACAACAUCAUCGAGAUCCGUCUGGAUGCUAAGAAGUUUGUCACAGAGGUCAGGAGGCCCAUCGCAGCCAGAGCAAAAGACAUUGGCAUCUGGUAUAAUCUUCUGAGAGGGCUCAGCAAAGUAGCAGUCAUUGUAAAUGCGUUUGUGAUUUCCUUCACGUCAGACUUCAUCCCUCGACUAGUCUACCAGUACAUGUACAGCCCUGAUGGCUCCAUGCACGGCUUUGUCAACCACACUCUGUCCUACUUCAACGUCAGUGACUUCCAGCCUGGCACUGCCCCUGUGCAGCCUAUGCACCUGGGGUAUGAAGUGCAGAUAUGCAGAUACAAAGACUACAGAGAGACACUAUGGUCCAACACCCCCUAUGACCUCUCCAAGGAGUUCUGGGCUAUACUGGCUUGCCGGCUGGCCUUUGUCAUUGUUUUUCAGAAUGUGGUGAUGCUGAUGAGCGACUUUGUUGACUGGCUGAUCCCAGACAUCCCCAAGGACAUCAGUCUGCAGAUCCACAAGGAGAAGAUCCUCAUGGUGGAGCUCUUCAUGAAGGAGGAAGAGGGCAAGAAGCUCCUCCGAGACAACCACACCAACCAAAGUCCUUUUCAGCCCCGCUCUCGCCCUGCCUCGCAUACACCUUCUAAAUUCUAGUGUCCUAGGGGGCGGCUCCAUCUGUCCGUUCAUCUAGUCUGUUCAAAAACCUUCAGCCCCUCUGUCUGGACUUGCACACUUCACACACACACAGCGGCCUACUCAAGAAACGAGGGAGGCAUUUAUUGGCAGGCUUCUGCAUCUGCACCCCUUCUGACUUGUAGCAAGUCAUAGCCCAUCUUUUUGGUGAACCAGGUAUCAGGUAGAAGGCUGAGUGUUUUUUAUAGUACAAUGCAGGAAAACAUGUAGAUCUUUUUUGAAUAUGCAAUUUUGCUAGCUAAUGUUUUUAUUUUGUAACUUUUGCCUUUUUAAGACGCUGAGAUCAGGUAAAGGAGCUUGCCAUUCUGCCUGUUUACCAUGCCAAUUUGCCCUUAUGUCGUUUUUAUGUCCUGUUUGUUAUUAUACUAAUUCAUAACUAUGUUUCCAUCCAAUUGGACAGAUUUUCAUGCAAAUUUUCCCACCAGAGAUGUUUCCAUCAAAUUGACAUGUUGCAGAUAAAAGUAUGUCCAUGAUGACGUAGUACACAUAAAAAUACCGUUUGCAGUUAAAUUCCCACUUACCUAAUAUAAAAAUAGCCUACAAGUUAAAGGUUUCCAUCACAUUUUAAAAUUUACUGAUAGUUUUCUCACAAAAAAAUGUUACGUUAUAUAGCGUUAUAUAGCGAGUGUGCCCAUUCUGGUAUUGGCAAGUGCGCUCUAGCCAAUGUAUCUGUUGGCUAGAGUGCGCAUAUAGCCUACCUGAUGAUGACAUUAUGGACAAAAGAGCGAGAUUAUUUUAAUUUGUCAAAUAGCAGCCAAGCAUCGACGAUCAUAUCACCAGAAUAAGAUCCUCGAUAUUUAUUGGAAAGCAGCAUCAAACUCAUCACCUAUCACUUUCACCACCAUGUGAAGUUCAUCAUAAUGGCUAGAAACUGCUUGCUUUUCCGACGAUUCGUAGUGGCAGGACAACACGUCAUCGCGUCACUCCCAAAUUAACUUCGAUAUGAUGGUUAUUCCACCGAUAUCUCGCAUAAUUAAUUUUACCUACACAAAAAUAACCCACCUUGUCGAUAUUUGCAAAGUUUACUAAACAUUUUACAGUUUCCAUCAGACCUGUCACAUUUUUUACACUGACAUGUACUUUACUAGCAUAAAAAGGUUGGAUGGAAACCUGGUUACAGAAAAUGUACAAUAGCCAUGUUGUGAAUAAAAUUCUAGCAAUGCUCUGUCAAACAUUUAGAAGGGGGCAGUGGCCUACAUUUUUGUUUCAUAAGCACAAAUUAUUUUGGAGUUUUUAUUUUCUGAUUAACAAUGCACAGACAACUAUUUCAAGGAGAGGAAGAAUGUAUUUUGUCAGCUCAUUUUGUAUAUUGUUUGUAAGUAAACUAAACUUUUUAAUGCAUAUCCAAUACACAGUCAAUAUUGAAUCCUAUUAAUAUAGAGUCUACAAAACAUUAGGAACACUGUCCUAAUAUUGAGUCGCACCCUCUUUAUCCCUUAGAACAGCCUCAAUUAAUCAGGGUAUGGAUUCUACAAAGUGUUGAAAGCAUUCCACAGUGUUGCUGGCCCAUGUUGACUCCAAUGCUUCCCACAGUUGUGUCAAAAAGGCUGGAUGUCCUUUGGGUGGUGGACCAUUCUUAAUUCACACAGGAAACUGUUGUGUAAAAAAACAAAAACAGCAGCGUUGCAGUUCUUGACACUCAAACCAGUGCGCCUGGCACUUACUACCAUACCCCGUUCAAAGGCACUUUAAAUCUAUUGUUUUGCUCGUUCACCUUCUGAAUGGCACACAUAAACAAUCCAUGUUUCAAGGAUUAAAAAUGGUUCUUUAACCUGUCUACUCCCAUUCAUCUACACUGAUUUAAGUGGAUUUAACAGGUGACAUCAAUAAGGGAUCAUAGCUUUCACCCAGUUUCACCUGGUUAGUCUGUGGAAAGAGCAGGUGUUCCUAAUGUUUUGUACACUCAAUGUAUAUGAUUUGUAAAACAGGAUCAACUUUCAAAAAAACAAACAUCUUAACACAAGUUAAACAUCAUUAAAAGCCUUUUUAAAACCGCAUGAUCAAAUGAAGCACAAAAACAAACGAAGAAAUAUAUUUUUUAAAUUCUAUCCAUUGUGGUACCAUGUCCCUGUUUUUCUUCUUUGUGACCACUGUUUUUUUAUACAGUAUGAUCUGUAAAUCUGUGUUUAGGAAUGUGACUGCCCCCCCCCCCCCCCCCAGACUGUUGGAAUGAAUUACAUUAUUCACAAUUAUGAUAUUUUAUUUUCAAUGAUCUGUACAAUAUUUAACUGUCUUAAACUUCUGUUUUGUGUGUCUGCGGUAUUGAAAUGUAUCAACAUCGACCUCUUGCAAUAGAAUAUGUUUGGAAGAUUACAUUACGCCUGGAUCCAUACCCAGGUGUUUGAUACUGAUUUAUAUAAGAUGUCUUUCAUUUUGCUUAUAGAAAGAACUCUGACCAUUAACAUAGUCUAAAAUGUAUUUGUUAGGACACUGCAGAAUAUUGCAUUACCUCAUAUUGUCAUUUCUGAUGCAAGGACAUGUUCUUGUUUUUUUUUUUUCAACUACUAAUCGACUUAAUAUGGUUUGUUCAUUGUACGACUUAUAGGCCGACGCUGAAUGGCAGCCGCAAUACCUUGUUUUAGAUUCGAGUGGCAUCUUAUUCCCAACUGAUCCUUAGGUAUUUCCGUCCUUGAUAUUCCUCUUGAUAUAGAUUUAACUGGAGCAGUGGAGAACAUCUUGGUGUAUUAAAUAUUUACCUGAAUUGUACAGCAACAUUACAACUAUAUUUGAUUAGGAUAGUACUACAUUUAUUUCAGUUGUGAUUUAUUUUUUUUGACAGCAGGGCUUAUAUUUACACUAGAGGUCUGUCAGGCUAAAGUUAACAUUUUUGGAUGUUUGAAUUCCAAUAAAAGAAUACAAGUUA